AUGAUGCCGCUGCGAAUAAUUACACUGGAAAGCCAUGCUCUUCGAGUCAAAGUCCUUAUUGACAAAUAUGGGGCAGCUUUCCUACAAGAGGUGCUCCCUCUUCCCGGCACUUCGCCGAACCCCGUGUCCAAAAAUUUCAGUGACUCGUAUGCGCCCUUGGUAGAGGUGCGGCUGGCCGGAGAAGGAACAGAAAGAAACAAAUCCUCGAAGAGCCUUGUCGGAAGCUAUGUCGGUGCUCGUCUGCGAUAUCAGUCUCAUGAGUUCGAUAACGGCGCAGACACCCAGACACUCCAUAUUCGACUAAAAGACGGUAUAUCCGGGGCGCUCGUGACCUCGCACCUCACCAUUUACGAGGGAUUCCCCGUGCUACGUGCAACGGCUAGCGUUCGAAACGAUGGCGACAAAGACCUCUUCGUGACGCAGCUCACGUCGCUAGUUCUCGGUGGGCUAUCGGCGGGUUCGGAGAGAUGGUGGCACGAGUACAAACUCUCCGUACCGAACAACUCGUGGUUCCGAGAAGCUCAGUGGGUUGAACAUGAUUUGCCCAGUCUUGGAAUUGAUGAUUACGGUGUCUACGGACGGCCUGAGUAUCAUUGGGGAACGCUGGGGCACUAUUCGGUGUCGAACCGCUGCACCUUUUCCACGGAAGGACAUCUUCCCAUGGGACUUCUGAAGCGUGUGGACAACAGAGAUACCUGGCUCUGGCAGGUGGAGAACAAUGGCUCGUGGCGAUGGGAGAUAGGCGACUGGAAGGACAGCAUUUAUCUGGCUGCUGGUGGACCGGUAGAGACCGAGCAUGACUGGAGGGAGAGGCUCGCCCCGGGAACCGAGUUUACGACCGUGCCUGUAGCUCUGUGCCACGUCCAGGACGACCAUGAAAAGGCUUUUGCAGCAAUGACCCGGUACAGACGCCGGAUAAGGCGUCAGCAUCGAGACCAUGUCCGACUACCGAUCAUCUUCAAUGAUUACAUGAACUGCUUGAUGGGCGACCCUACUGAGGAGAAAAUAUUGGCGCAUGUAAAUCCUGUAGUCAAAGCAGGGGCGGAGUACUUUGUGAUUGACGCUGGCUGGUAUGCCGACGACUCCGGUCGGUGGGACGAUGUUGGGCUGUGGGAGCCAUCUCAGAAGAGGUUUCCAUCGGGAUUCAAAAGCCUCCUGAGUCAGAUCCGGGAUAAAGGACUGAUACCGGGGCUUUGGAUUGAGCCUGAAGUCAUUGGAGUCCGCAGUGUUGUGGCCAACCAGCUGCCAAACGAAGCGUUCUUCCAGCGAGAUGGGCAUCGCGUCGUGGAGAAGAAUCGAUAUCAACUUGAUUACCGCCAUCCUGCCGUUCGAGAACACAUGAGCGCCGUCAUCCAUCGUCUUGCUACCGAAGAUGGCGUUGGGUACUUCAAGUUCGACUAUAACAUCGAUGUCACCCAAGGGACAGACAUCGACUGCUCAAGUCCUGGCUCCGGCCAGCUGGAGCAUAACCGCGCUUAUCUGCGCUGGGUAAAUGAAUUGCACGAUCUCUCCCCCGGCCUCGUGGUCGAAAACUGCUCCAGCGGUGCCCAGCGAAUGGAUUACGCCAUGUUGGCGGUCCACGCUCUCCAGUCGUCGAGCGACCAGCAAGAUCCAGACCGCUACCCGGCCAUUGCAUCGGCUCUCCCUACCGCUGUUGCUCCAGAACAAGGAGCAAUAUGGGCCUACCCGCAGCCGGCAUGGGAUGAUGAGCUCAAUGCGAUGACAGUGGUUAAUAGUCUCCUGGGCCGCAUCCAUCUAAGCGGACGUUUAGAUCUUCUCCAGCGGGAGCAGUUUGAUUUGGUCAAAGAGGGCAUGGACGUCUAUAGAGCUAUACGGGCCGAUUUGCCCACUGGAACCGCAUUUUGGCCUCUGGGUCUUCCACAGUGGCAUGAUGAUUGGUUCUCACUCGGUAUUGCUGUGAAGAAGCGCGAUGACAAUGCUCAUGAGCGUUAUUACCUUUCCAUUUGGAGACGAGGUGGUCCCGAGUCCAUUGACCUGCCCAUCAGAGGACUCUGUGGUAGGGCUGUUAGCAGCGAGAUUCUUUAUCCUACCAUGCUUCCCGCGACGAUCAAAUGGGUGUCUAACCCGGGUUUAUUGAAAGUCACCAUCCCGUCCGAAUUGGGGGCUCGGUUUGUCAAGCUGACAGCGGAGUAA